AUGGAAGGAUAAAUUGAUCUUUAGUCAAAAAUAAGUUUGACAAAUGUAGAUUCUUACUUUAUGGUAAAAUAUGACUUUCUAGUUUGAGAUUAAACUCAAGAUUAGCUACCCCACCCCAUCCACACCUUGUUCAUGAGUUUAUGGCCAGCUAUUAAUUAGCUUGUUUUACGCUCAAGUGCUUGAUUAGUUGUAACUAAUCACCAUCUUAAUCACGAGUCACAAGGUUGGGCGGACAAUGACGGCGGCGGAAGAAGAGAAGGGGGCGGCGGUGUGCGUGACGGGGGCAGGAGGAUACGUCGCAUCAUGGCUGGUCAAGCUUCUUCUCUCCAAGGGCUACACUGUUCACGGCACCGUUCGAGGAGACGCCGCAGAAGAUGUGGUAAAGUAUGGUCAUUUGAAGAAGCUGGAAGGAGCUUCAUCGUCAAUGUCAGGGAAAUUAAAGUUGAUGAAGGCGGACUUGCUGGACUACGAUUCGCUGGUUGGGGCUGUGGCAGGAUGCGCCGCCGUAUUCCAUGUUGCUUCGCCUGUACCCUUUGGCCCUGUCUCCGACUUCUCCACAGCUCAGAAGGAACUAUUGGGGCCUGCUGUGAAGGGUACACAUAAUGUACUGAAGGCUUGUUCUGAAACCAAUGUGAAGCGCGUAAUAAUUGUGUCCUCGGUAGCAGCUGUUUCCAUGAACCCUAACUGGCCUGCUGAUAAAGUGAAGGACGAGUCUUGUUGGUCCGACGAUAUAUAUUGCACUGAAACAAAUAACUGGUAUUGUCUUUCGAAAACAGUGGCAGAAAGAGAUGCCUUUCAGUAUGCACAAAAACAUGGGCUUGAUGUGAUUUCUGUUUGCCCAUCACUUGUUUUGGGCCCAAUGCUGCAGCAGACACCUAAUGCCAGUAGCUCUGUUCUCAUCUCUCUUUUGAAAGAAGGAUCUGAAACGGUUCAAAAUAAGACGCGAAUUAUGGUAGAUGUACGCGAUGUGGCCAAAUCGCUGCUGCUAGCCUUUGAGAAGCCUGAGGCUGAAGGUAGAUACAUAUGCAACGCACAUACACCAAGUGUUCUGGAUAUGGUUGAAAUGUUGAAGGAAAUGUAUCCAAACUAUAAGUACCCCAAAAGCUUCUCGGAGUCUGAAGGCAUAGACCAAAAAGUGACUUCACAAAAGCUUCAGGGGCUGGGCUGGUCUUUUCGGCCUCUUGAGGAAACUCUUAAGGAUUCGGUAGAAAGUUACAGACUAGCUGGCCUCUUGGAUUAGCAUAUGUGUGUGUGUGGGUAACCACCACUAUUUGCUGUAUGUAAUGUGACUUCUUUGCACCAACUGUCUGUUGAAAUGGGUUUUUGUUGAAUUGCUGAAUGCUUUAUCUUAGAUCCCAUUUGAUCUUAAGGGUUGUUUGGGUGAUAUGUGUGGGACACUCUUAGGGAGUGUUUGGUUCAAGGUGAUAUCUUAUGCAUGGCGGAAUCUCAUGCCCGGAAUGUGAGAUACCUGUGUUUGGUUCGCGGGUUUGAUUUUUUCUUUUGGGAAUGUUACAUUCCCAAAAGUAGAAAAGGUGAUCACAUUACCAGGCAUGUCAAACCCACCAAUGCCUUAGGUUAUGUUAGAUUCCUGAUGGCUUAUUAAUUUUCUUCCAAAAAAAGCUAUGCUUCAUUAA